AUGAACGCCACGGAAGAUAUUGGUUGGCUUGACGAUGCAGCAGUAUUAGACGCAACAGUCGAACGCCUCAAGAUUGUCAAAGGUCUCGGCCUGAAUGCUGGUCUUGAUUUUCAUGGACGACUCCAUCGACCCAUGGCUAAACAGUUGGCGAAAGCUUUGGAGCCAUAUCGACCACUCUUCAUCGAGGAGCCCAUAUUAGUGGAACACCCUGAGGCUCUCAAGCAGCUCGCAGCACAAACAAGUAUCCCAAUUGCCCUAGGAGAGCGCUUGUACCAUCGUUGGGACGCAAAGCCGUUCUUUGAAGCUGGAUUGAUUGAUAUACUCCAGCCUGACAUCGCUCACGCUGGUGGCAUCUCCGAGACAAAGCGUCUUGCCAAUAUGGCAGAGACGUACGACAUGUCGCUUGGUAUGCACUACAACACCGAGGCGGGCGAUAGAGAUCUCAAUACAUAUCUGAAGGACCAGUCAGUAUUCGCCAUCAACGGUGGACACGUUGCGGCUCCUACUGGACCAGGAUUAGGCAUUGAGGUAGACGAGGAGAUGAUUCGCAAGAUAUCGGCCGAGACCCAGCCAUGGCAGCCCAAGGAAUUUUUCGGUCCCGAUGGCUCCAUUAGGGAAUGGUAG